GCUGCUGCGCGCUGCGCGCACAUCAGUAAAUGAAUCACGUAGCACUAGAACAGCCUUUCUUCAUGCGAUCUUGCCAGACGUGCUGGAGAAACCCCCCGGAGGCUAGAUCUGUCACCGUUCACUCAUUUGCUGGAAGACGAUCAGAAACUAUGUUAAAUGCUGCGAGAGAUGCACAGGAGUCUGUUCUGAGGGCGUCGAGGGGUUUCCGGUCAGAUCGGCUCACUGUUAAAGGAGCAGGUUUCAACAGUUGACGCGGAGAGAACUGAGCGCAGGAGGAGCGAUUGAUUUAGAUUAUCUGAAAUCUUCCAGCAAAAAAAGAAGGAAAGAAAAGAAAAGACGCAUCUUUUUCUGCAUGUUUUUUUUUUCCUGGAGUGUUGUCCGAAGGAAGGAUGCAGGAGCACCGGAUCCAAUUGGACUGGAUUAUGGGAUUAUUGGACUGGUUCUAGGACAAUCAUCGGGCAAAAGUCGCAUCCGUGCGGUUGAUGCUCUUGAAUGACGGGGAGGGAGAAAACGCUCGGACGGGAGGAUCAGCUCCAUUAUAUCCUGCUUUUAUUCCACUUUGUGGCGCCGACGGGCUGCGCGUGCGACGCGGACGGAACGCAUAUGCAACAGUGUGCUGCACAGAGGGGGAGAAAAAAGUAGAUGCGCUGUGAAUGGUAACAUCGGGGGCAAUGCUGCAUUUUGAAUAGCCAUGUCAGUGUUUGCAGUAGGUGUAGAUGUCGCAUGAGGGCAAUGCGCUUUUGUAAGCCGCGGUCUAACCUUCACCACAGAGAUCCAAACGCUUUAACCUUGGAAGCACUAUGGAAUAAUAAUACUUUAUUCUCAUCGAUUAUUAAUUAAGUCUUUUAUUUUGGAAAGAAGAAAAAAGGAGGAUACAUGGAGCGCUGUGCUGGAUUUGAUGUUUAAUUCAUACAUCAGGUGUCGUUGGGCGGUCAUCUUUGUUUACAGAAAGAGUUCAUCACGUGAAAAGAGGUUAAGAGACGAUUGAAAUGAGACAAGGAAUGGGUUUAAUGCCUAAUUAGAAGGAGAUCAGCGUCAACCACACGCCUGUUGUGGGUUUAGUUCUCUAGGUUUGCCAUAAUCAACAGGUUGAAAGUCAACGAGGAUUUUUUUCUCUCCCCUCUUUUUCUGUCUGCCUCUGCUGUGUAGAAGGGAUGCGUCUCUCUGUACCCAUUUUUUUCCUUUUGUGGGUUAAAGCCCUCUCUCUAAAAAAUCUCAAUUAUUCUGUCCCAGAGGAGCAGGGACCUGGAACUGUGAUAGGUAAUAUAGCAAAAGAUGCUGGAUAUGGGACUAUUGAAAGGGGGAAGAAAUCCAACUUCCGAGUGCUGGAGAAUUCGGCACCUCAUCUUGUGGAUGUUGACCCCGAGAGUGGACUAAUUUUUACCAAACAAAGGAUUGACAGAGAGACAUUAUGCAGGCGCAACCCAAAGUGCCAGCUCUCCAUGGAGGUGUUUGCCAACGACAAGGAAAUCUGCAUGAUCAAGAUUGAUAUACAGGACAUAAAUGACAACUCACCCAGUUUUCCCUCAGAUCAUGUUAAUAUUGAUAUUUCGGAAAAUGCGGCUGCUGGAACCCGCUUUCCUCUGACCAUUGCACAUGACUUAGAUUCUGGGGAAAAUGGUAUAAAGACCUAUCAAGUUACAAGAGAUGAUUACAACACUUUCUCUUUGGAUUUAAAAGUGAGAGGUGAUGGGACAAUUUAUCCAGAGUUGGUGGUUCAGAGACCUCUGGAUAGAGAGGAUCAGAGUCAUCACACCCUUCUUCUCACUGCAAUUGACGGUGGGGAGUAUCCGAGAUCAGGCUCUAUGCAGAUCAACGUCAGAGUGACUGAUUCGAACGACAACAGCCCAGUUUUUGAAAAAUCCUCGUAUGUGAUAGAGAUCCCAGAGAAUUUACCCCCAGGAAAAAUACUUAUAGAUCUGAACGCCACCGAUCAAGAUGAGGGAAGCAACGGGCAGGUUGUCUAUUCCUUUACUGGAUAUGCAUCUGAGCGAAUACAAGAUUUGUUCUCAAUAGAUCCCAACACCGGCGUCAUCAAGGUCCAGGGAGAGAUUGACUUUGAGGAGAAUCCAAUCAUUGAGUUUGAUGUGCAGGCUAAGGAUCUGGGGCCCAACCCGAUACCAGGCCACUGCAAAAUUACCGUCAAAGUUCAGGACAAAAACGAUAACUCGCCAGUUAUAACUUUUGUUUCUGUCCGGCAGGGGGCCAUCAGUGAGGCGGCCCCCCCAGACUCUGUCAUAGCGCUUGUCAGAGUGACUGAUAAAGACUCUGGCCGUAACGGUCAACUUCAGUGCAGGGUUCUGGGAAAUGUACCUUUCAGACUGCAGGAGAACAACGAUAACUUCUACACUCUGCUCACAGAUAGACCUCUAGACAGGGAGACGAGAGACGAAUACAAUGUGACAAUUGUGGCGAGAGACAAUGGCAUCCCUUCUUUGAAUAAUACUAGGUCAUUCACAGUAAAAAUUUUGGAUGAGAAUGACAAUGCCCCACGUUUUACAAAGUCAUUGUACGUGUUGCAGGUGCCUGAGAACAAUAUCCCAGGGGAGUACUUGGGCUCUAUUUUGGCCCACGAUCCAGAUGUAGGCCGAAACGGAACAGUGACCUACUCUAUACUGCCGUCACACAUAGGAGAUGUGUCAGUGUACACCUAUGUGUCUGUUAAUCCCACCAAUGGAGCCAUAUACGCGUCUCGCUCCUUUAAUUAUGAGCAAACCAAAUCCUUCGAGUUCAAAGUUCAGGCUAAAGAUGGCGGCUCCCCUCAUAUGGAAAGUACUUCCACAGUCCGAGUCAAUAUUCUUGACGUGAAUGACAAUCUCCCUGUUAUUAUUUUACCGCUUCUGCAAAAUGACACAGCGGAAAUCCCAGUGCCUAGAAACGUGGGGAUUGGGUACAUUGUAGCUACAGUGAAAGCAGUGGACCAUGACCAUGGAGAUAGUGGCCAUUUAACCUAUGAAAUCACAGAGGGAAAUGACGACCACCUGUUCGAGAUAGAUCCAGUGGGAGGAGAGGUCAGAACAGCCCAUGCUCUUUGGGAGGAGAUUGCUCCAGUAGUUGAGCUGGUGGUGAGGGUAACUGACCAUGGCAAGCCCCCCUUAUCUGCCGUGGCUAAGCUCAUCAUUAAAGUGAACACAGAGACAGCGGUAGGAGGGGGUUCCAGCGCGAGUGGGGAAAAACAGCACUGGGAUGUGUCCCUGCCCCUUAUUGUUAUCCUCUGCAUUAUCUCUGUCAUGCUCUUAGCCGUCAUGACCGCCAUCGCUGUCAAGUCCAAGCAUCACGAUAAGGAGAGUGGGAAUUAUAACUGCCGCAUGGCUGAGUACUCCAACACUCCAGUGGGGAAGGGAAAAAAGAAAAGGAUCAACAAGAGUGACAUCAUGCUGGUGCAGAGUGAGAUGGAGGAGAGAGAUUCUGCCAGUCGGAUGAAUGUGGUGAGCAGUCCGUCUCUCAUCACUUCACCAAUAUGUUUCGACUACCAGAGCCCUCUGCCGCUCACGCUGCCCAGGUCAGAGGUCAUGUACCUGAAAACCACCUCCAACAGCCUGACCGUCCCUAGGUCAGGGUGCCACUCCAGCUUUGCCGGGCUGAGCUCCGACACUUCAGGAAACAGGAUGUCAGUGAUACAGACUGAAAAUUUCUCCUCAGAGCCCAAUUAUUCUGGCAGCAGGCAGCCAUUUGUUCAAAGUUCAACAUUUAAGGAUGCAGAACGAGCAAGCCUCAGAGACAGUGGCCAUGGUGAUAGUGACCAGGCUGAUAGUGACCAGGAUACUAAUAAAGGCUCACACUGCGACACAUCUGCCAAGGAGGCCCUCAAGAUGAAAGCGGUGGCAGUUAAUGGCCAGCCUUUUGACAAGGAGCAAGACAAAUCAGUCCACUGCACCGAUGAAUGUCGUGCACUGGGACAUUCUGACAGAUGCUGGAUGCCAAAGUUACGGGUAGGAAGCCAAGCAGACAGCGCAGAUAAUCGCACCAACCUUUUCAUCCCUGUGGGAAUGGAUGCCAUGGUAGAGACAGAGAUUUAUGGCACCAUCAGCUGCAACAGCAGAAAAACCCUCAGCACGUUUGGAAAGGAGCAGCGGGACAGUACUAUCCUUGUGGCCAAUGUCAAACCUUACUUAAAAUCACAGCGUGCGCUAAGCCCACCGCUACAAGAGAGUCCAUCUGCAUCCAGCAGUCCCACCAAGAGUAGCACGCCCAUGGACUUGGCCAACCAAGAGUCUAAAGAGGAGAGGGACCGUGGAUCAGACAGCAGUGCCUAUGGCCCUCCAGAUGGCCAGUGCUCCCCACAGCACACUGAGCUGGAGGAGCCCUCCUACCUGACCUGUGAGCUCAGGCCUAAGUCUCUGUCAAGCAGCCUCAUUCACAGCUCUGUCAUCAGCCAGGAGUGCGGGGGGUCGGAUCGCACUCUCAACCCGAGGGACUCUGGGAACUGACAGGUGAGGCAAUCGUGCUCCCCUCACCUGCCAGGGGGUGUGAUGAGGACAUCCCAGGUAAUGACCAAUGGGUGAUUUAUUUUUGACCCACAGACGUGUUCAGACACACAUCGUAUAACCAAAAACCAUCUGCUUUAUAUGUUUUUCCUUUAUUUCUUUUUAUUUUUUUUUAUUUUAUUUUGUGACUUGUGUUUAGGUGAAAUAUGUGUCCUUGACUCCUGUGAAGAUUUGGGGGGUAGGGGGGUUGGGGUGGGACUCAGUGCUUUUCUGACUUCAAGUGUUUUCAUGGUGUACUGUACCUGUCAAUUUAGAUGUCUGUAUUUUACACAUUUCCAACUCCAAUUUUGUGAGGCUGUUGAACAAAUUGCUACUGUUGCGUUAUUGAGUCCUGUCUGCUUUUGUACGGUGAAGCUUUCUGUCUCCAUUUAGUGUAUAAGGAUUCUCUCUCUGAAUAUCACAAGCAACUGAAAUACAUAUCAGUAAAGUUACAUUCAAAAGUGAAGUGUCUUAUGAACUGUUUAUGGUGGUGCAACAGGGAAUGUCCCUUUUCAUAAAAAAAAAAAAGACCAACACCAUUUGAAAACAAUUUUUUAAGAAUGUAUUUGUAACUCUAGUCGUUGUCCUCUCUGCAGUUUAUGUGAAAACAAGCUGGGUUUACACGUGAAUGUGGGCUACUGUACUUGUUGUGUACUUUAUUAAAUUUGUAUACACUGUGUGCAUGGGAAGGGGUUAUUUUCGACUGGUGACAACUUCUGAAGCUGUCUGUUUUGUGUGAAAGAAGCGCAUUCCUUUGCAAAAGGUGCUUUUAUGUGUUCAAGAAAGAUAGCACUAGCAACUCUGCAAAUGUGCCAUCCCUUAGUUGUACACUGUGUGCCCACACAUGUCAUUUACCAUGCUAGUUGAAGCUACUUCUUCUCAAGAAAAAUCAGAAACCAACAUUUUACACGGCUAUUUAUAUUGAAUAAAGUCAAAUAAAAACAAGCACUGUGGAUUAGUGCACUCAACGGAUGAUGAGUUGACUUCCUCUGCACAAAGCUUUCACUCAAAGUAUACAUCAUUGCCAUGAAUACAUUUGUGGUGUUUUCAAAUGUCCGUAUUCCUGAAGGUUUGUAUUAAUGUCAAUGCAUCUGACAAAUAUUGAGACAUGAAUCUGAACAGAAAAGGAAAAAAAAAUGCUCAACCUACUGCUUCAAUGAGAAUUCACAAGCAAGGUCUUUUGCAAUUAAUUCUUUGAUAGCAUAAACUUCAAAAAACGGGAGAGAGAUGUCAUGGAGUAAAAUCCUUGAAGCAGCCAUGAAUUAAGGUAACAGUAAAUUUAAAAGUAUGACAAGUACAGUAUGUGUAAAAAAAAAAAGAAGAAAUAAAAAUACAAAAAGUUUUUCAACAGUGCCUCUUUAAUGUGUCUAAGAUGUCUAUCAUUUGCAGUGAGCCUCAUUAGAUUUGCAAACCUGCGUCUGUGAAUUUGCCGGUUGUAUGCAUUAUGCACUGUUUACCAUUCAGUCAAAUGCAAAUAAGGUAGAUGUGGUGACAGACAGGCCAUGCUCUGUAGGCAUAUUAGGCCAGACUGCAGCAAUCCCCCGAUUGCUCAUUUCUAUCUAAACCUAACCUGCUUUCCAAACACCGGGCUACUUGUUCAUUCCAGAAGAAGACGCACUUGUGUGACCAGACUAAUAUUGUUUAGAAAACCUACAGCAUAUUCGCUACAUCUUCUUUUCUCAAUGAAAUUUGUAGACGCCAUCGAAGAUCACUAAACUAGGAAAUCAGAAGACUGUUUUAAAAAAUAUUUUUUAACCACGUUAGUCAAAUAUUUCUUUACACUGAGUUUAGGUUCUUCCUCCACUGACUUUUCGUGCUCUGGCACAGGGAGCAGAUUGGAAAUGCAUUGUUUUUUUAUGGGCUUUGGAUAACAGAAUCCUGUCAUCUACUGAGAGCCGACUAUAAGUACGACUCCGAUUCUCCUCAGGGAAAACACAUUAAUUUGGAUUUUGAUUUGCAUUUGUUUUGGUGCUGGUAUUGACACAAUUCCAGACCUAGAACGUCUCAUCUCAGCAGGCUGCUCUGAUGAGCUCAUCUGCAUAAGUUGAAAUACUCUUUGAGAAGGAGAUUGCGUGGGUCACAGCAACCCAUCCCAUUCAAAUCCAGACAGAAACAUCGCAUUAUUUUAUCUUUAUCAGUCUCAGGGUUUCAGAACAUAGGGGGGAUGAAAACAGGUGAGCAGAAUGUCAAGUGGAUGGGGGCUGAACCAUUUGCUUUGACACUUGCUCCUCUGACUAUUUCCAGCAGCAUCACUUAGGGGAAAAGCAGGUUAAACUCCUACUUGUGCCACAAUUAUACAAAACCUUCUUGAAGCAAACCCCUUUCUUAAUUAACAUUGGUCUAUAGCGCAGCUGCUUGACAAAAAAGUACAGCGUUGCUGAGGGGAUCUGAAUACAGAUUAAGCACUCACAUGGGCUGUUGGAUGAAUAUGACUUGUCUCUCAGAAUGAUUACAGCCACAGCAAAAAGGAAUUACAGACAAUAAAACUGAUCUGUGUAAUACCUCCAUUCUUCUACAUUUUACAUACACAAAUGAUCCAUUCAGAUGAAAAUGGAAUGAGCACUGUACCAUUCAGUUGUGAAAAAUUGACAUGCUCACCCGGAGUACUUAAGCUUUUAAUUCAAUAAUUCAAUAACACAGGCGAUUAAGAGCUUGUCUUCCACCUCCACUUAAUUCUAUGGGAGAUGGUUCCACUUGGCUGAGAACUGUUGGUGGGGAAACAACAGUGAACACAAAACAUAAACAAUAUUGAGAGUGUAGUUUUCAUUUAACUGGGAGAUGUCAGCGUGCCUUUGGGGCGACUUUGAAAGUGCCUGCUCAUAUAUUUAUUCGAACGUUCAUCUCAAAUGUUGGAAUUUAAUUGAAAUAGCUGAAGGAAAGGCAAUGCCUCUUCAGAUGUUAAUGCUCAUUUAAGUUACUUUAUGUAAAACAUAUUGAGCUCAUACUGUAUUUUAUUAAUGGCUGUAUUCAUUUUUAAUAAAAUCCGUUUAAAGUCUUCCAGAAAUAUUUAAUAUUGUGAACUUUUCCCCUUUUUAGAAA